AUGCUGCCUUUACAUGUGGAGUCGGAACGUCCAUCGUUCAUGCACUCACCAUCGCUCUCCGAAUACUUGCGGCGGAUGCUGCACUACGCGCAGAUGGACAUCGACUACACGUUUGCACAGAUGCUCUACCUCUGCAUUGCACCGAGGAAGGUGUAUCAGCUCACCUCCUACCGGAAGCAGACCAAGAAUCAGUGGGCCAGAGACGAUCCUGCCUUUGUGGUGGUCUUGAUCUUUUUCCUCACUGUGACAGCCAUUGCUUACAGCAUCGCAUUCCAGGCACGAGGCACCGACUUCCUCCACAUUCUUGUACGCUUCAUAGUGAUGCACUUCAUUUUCUUCGGCAUAAUGGUCUCCACGGUGUCCUGGUUUGUGGCCAACAACUACAUGCGGGCACAGUCCUUCCAUGGAGUAGAGCAGAAAAUGGAGUGGAUGUAUGCCUUUGAUAUUCACUGCAACUCCUUUUUUCCCUUCUUCUUAGUGCUCUAUGUCUUUCAUUACUUCUUGCUCCCCUUCUUGUCGCAAACCACAUGGUUGGCCGCCAUCUUCAGCAACAUCCUCUAUGGAGUCGCGGCAUGCUACUACCUCUAUAUCAUGUCCUUGGGCUACAGCACGCUACCAUUCUUGGAGCGCACAGAGGUGAUUUUGUAUCCUGCAGGCGUUGUGGUGCUGCUCGCUCUGCUCCUGAGCCUGUGCCGGGACCAGAUCGAUGCUUUGGAGACGAGCGGGCGCUGGGCGCCGGUGAGGUCAGGACUGGAGGAGUGGGUGAAGGCCCUAAUGCUGGGAUUCGCCAACGAGAGCGUCGCCAAUAUCACCAACCUGGAGGUGUGGCAGCACGAGACUGGGCCAGUUUUCUUUCACGUGGAGCGCUUCCGCGGGCGCUUGUCUCUCCCGUGUGCCCGCCGCUGUCGCCUCACCGGGCACUUGGUUGUUGAAGAGUUGGCGGCAAGAAGCCCAAUGAUUUCCCAGUCGGAGGCGAAUGGACAGUCCCCACUCCUUGUGGCCUUGCGGGUGGGCCUGGGAUGGGAUGUUGAGACCUUCUCCUUCGGGACCAUGUCGGCCGUAGCCUCGGGGGUUCAGGUGUGGUGA